CCUAAUAAUUGUGCAAUCAAACCUAUAUCUCUAGGCUUAGGAGCCUAACCUCUCUUUGCAUCUCUCUCUCUCUAAACCUCUCUUUAUUCUUCCGCCAAUGGCAGGAUUUUUGUCCCUGGCCAGACGCUUAUACCUCACUCUCUACAACUGGACCGUUUUCGCCGGAUGGAUUCAAGUUUUGUAUCUGGCUGUGAAGACACUGAGGGAGUCAGGCCAUGAGCAGGUCUACAAUGCGGUCGAACGGCCGCUUUUGCUCGCUCAAACCGCCGCUGUCUUGGAGAUUGUUCAUGGUCUAGUGGGUCUGGUGAGAUCUCCAAUAUCAGCAACACUGCCGCAGAUAGGUUCAAGAUUGUAUUUGACAUGGGGCAUCUUGUGGAGUUUCCCCCAGAUUCAGACUCACAUACUUGUGAGCUCCCUGGUGAUCAGCUGGUGCAUCACGGAGAUUAUUCGAUAUUCUUUCUUUGGGAUGAAGGAGGCGCUUGGUUUUGCACCUUCAUGGCUCUCGUGGCUCAGGUAUAGCACCUUUUUGUUGUUGUAUCCAACUGGCAUUGCCAGUGAAGUUGGUCUAAUAUAUGUUGCCCUGCCAUUCAUCAAGGCAUCUGAAAAGUAUUGUAUAAGGAUGCCAAACAAAUGGAACUUCUCUUUUGAUUACUUCUAUGGCGCGAUUCUUGCCAUCGGAAUCUAUGUCCCAGGUGGCCCUCACUUGUACUCUUACAUGCUUCGGCAGAGGAAGAAAGUUCUCUCAAAGUCCAAGAAGGAGUAGAAUGGCAGCCACAUUUUUUUUGGUGUGUUCUCAAUUGUUUAUCGGAAGUUUGUGGGUCUGAAAUGUAAAUCUAUUUUUAAAAAAUGGUUAUUCGGAGCAUUAUCAAAUUAAGACAUGAAAGAAAAUUGCCUAA